AUGGGAGCUCGUUGCUCUAAGUUCUCUUUCUGCUUGUUCCAUUCUCACUUCAACUCAGCUUCAGUUCUCGAAUCUCCCGAUCUCGAUAAUGGAGGGAAACAUGAGAAGAAACUUUGGCCGAAUUUCAAGGAAUUCCGAUUAGAUCAGCUGAAAUCUGCGACCGGCGGUUUCUCCUCGGAUAACAUUGUAUCGGAACACGGCGAGAAAGCGCCUAACAUUGUUUACAGAGGUAGGCUUGAUGAUGGCCGCUUGAUCGCCGUCAAACGCUUUAACCGCCUCGCCUGGGCCGAUCACAGACAGUUCCUGGAUGAAGCGAAAUCUGUUGGGAGCUUGAGGAGCGAGCGAUUGGCGAAUCUGAUUGGUUGCUGCUGCGAAGGCGAGGAGAGAUUGCUCGUUGCCGAGUUUAUGCCUCACGAAACUCUUGCAAAGCAUCUUUUCCACUGGGAGAAUCAUCCGAUGAAAUGGGCGAUGAGAUUAAGAGUUGCAUUGUGUUUAGCGCAAGCAUUGGAAUACUGUAGUAAUAAAGGGAGAGCUUUGUAUCAUGAUCUCAACGCUUACAGGGUUUUGUUUGACAAGAAUGGAGAUCCCAGGUUGUCUUGCUUUGGACUCAUGAAAAAUAGCCGAGAUGGGAAGAGUUACAGCACAAACUUGGCAUUUACUCCUCCAGAGUAUUUGCGAACAGGUAGAGUUACUCCAGAGAGUGUAGUAUUCAGUUUUGGAACCGUUUUGCUUGAUCUUAUGAGCGGAAAACAUAUUCCACCAAGCCAUGCGCUUGACCUGAUCAAGGGAAAAAACUGUGCAGUGUUAAUGGAUUCUGCUCUCGAGGGUCAUUUCUCAAACGAAGAUGGAACUGAGCUAGUACGUUUAGCCACACGCUGUCUGCAGUAUGAAGCUCGAGAAAGGCCGAAUGUAAAAUCUCUCGUCACUUCACUCGCCACACUUCAGAAAGAAUCUCAUGUACCUUCAUAUGAUCUGAUGGGCAUACCCCAUGAAACCGAGGCUGAGGAAGAGCAGCCGCUUUCACUGACGUCUUUUGGUGACGCGUGCUUAAGAGUAGAUCUUACGGCCAUACAUGAGAUACUUAACAAGAUGGGAUACAAGGAUGACGAAGGAAUCGCCAACGAGCUCUCGUUUCAAAUGUGGACCAACCAGAUGCAGGAAUCUCUAAAUUCGAAGAAGCAAGGCGACUUAGCUUUCCGUUCCAAAGACUAUUCAACCGCGGUCGACAGCUACACUCAGUUCAUAGAGGGAGGAACAAUGGUGUCACCAACGGUUCACGCACGGCGCUGUCUGUCAUAUCUGAUGAACGAGAACGCACAAGAGGCUCUGACCGAUGCAUUGCAGGCACAGGUUGUGUCUCCAGAGUGGGCAACCGCUUUGUAUCUGCAAGCAGCUUGCUUGUUCAAGCUCGGCAUGGAAGCCGAUGCUCAGCAAGCUCUUAAGGACGGGACUAUAUUGGAAGCUAAGAAGACUAAUAGGCGCUGA